AUGAACAAACAAUUCACGAAGUCGCCUGGCUACGUAUCCAUCGUUACGACGGAUUGGGUGAAGAAAGCGGUUCUUAGACUGGGACUUCUUGACUUUCACCAGAGUUUGUCCGAGGGAUUGAUAGUCGCGAAUAGUCGCCACAUUUCGUGCGUUGCGACGUAUGCAUCCACGUUGCUUGUUCGCGCGUUGUGGUUGACAUCGAACACGCCUUUACUGGUCGCGAUCCAGCGGUUCUGUUCGCAUGGCGAAUUCCACAAUAUCUAUUGCCGUAUCACCAGGAAUUCCGCAUCCCCAGCCCCCUCUUUCUACAAGAUGGGAGAACCCAAUUGGUUCGAUGUCACACCUGUUUCCGAUGAAGACAUUAUCGCAUCACCGUGGGCCAUGCUGCCGCACGUCAUCAUGAUAUGUAUGUCAGGGGAAGGCACAAUUGAUGACUUCCGUCGUCUUCUCCUCGAUAGAAAUCAAGGGAACUGGCGUCCUAGUCAACCUCAUAAUGGGACGUGCCAAGAGAUUGUUGACUACGUCAGCAAACUCAAGGAGCUCAACUUCGCCCACUUUAUGGCGCACUGCUCUGCGCACCAUGAUCAGUUUCCAUUCACAUUGCCGGAUGAUGAGGAUGCAUUAGAGAGGGUAUCUGACCUGAUCCAGAAAGGGCUGGGCGAGAGAGCUAGCGACACCUUUAAGGCGGCCAGGGAUGGGGCUGAUGACUUUGGAACAGGGAGAUCUAUGAACAUGUUCACGAUUGAACACUUGGUCGUGGAAUUUCCGGGCAUGAUAUUGAAAGAACUGCAGGGAAAGCCUACCGUUUAUGGUUGUAGACUUGAAUCUUGAUAAGCUCGCACCAGUAAAUUGUAUUACCAGUAGUAUCUUGACUUGAGCAGCCAAACUUAACAUCGCC